CAAGACCAAACCACAAAAAUGGCUCCUCUUUUCUUCCAACUAUCAACCAUUACCCUAUUCUUUUUCCUUCUUUCCAACACUAUAGCCAUCGACGAUUCUCUCGUCCUUGACGUCGAUGGCAAUCCACUCGUAGCAGGAUCACCCUACUACGUCCGAACCAUGAUAUCAAAACUGGGUAUGUCAGGUGGACUAGUGGUGGAAUCCAAACCAAACCAACCCGAAUGCCCUCAAUAUGCAGGAUACUUAAGCGUAGGUUGGUACCAAGAAUCACCUAUUAUGUUCUACCCUACUAACCCUUCCCACAAAUACGUCCACGCUAAUUCGAACUUCAUCAUCGUGUUCAAUUCCACCUCUAGUGUUUGCCCACAAGGAUCAUGGAAAAUCGAACCCGACGUUGACUCCGACAAAAUGUUUAUCUCUACCGGAGGCGAUAUUGGAAACCCAACAAGCGAUAGUUUGUUUACUUUUGAAACAGUUAAACUUGGAUACGCUCCAGACCUUUAUAUACUUAAACAUUGUCCAAGCAAUGAGAUUGGUUGUAAGGUGAUUGAGAGUAUUGAUUUUACGGAUGACUACUAUUUAGGGUGGUUAGGACUUGUACCUUCUUAUGAACAUACUUUUAUUGGUUUCGCCUAUAGUUUUCACAAAGCUUAAGUUUAUCGCAACUUGUGCGUACGUGGAUUUCAAUAAAAAGAUUCGUUUGAAUUAAUAUGAAAUUAACUAUACUAUCUUCGUAUCAAAGAUUCCUUCUUUUGAAUGAAAUCACAAUUUUUA